UUGGGUGAACACCGGCGAGUUUUUGUUUACGUAGCAACAGGCAGCGCAUAGCAACGGUGUUUGACAAAUGGCACCGUUAACGCGGAUUUGACUCAAUGACAUGUUUUUUCACAUCGUUUCAGAGGCUAAUGUGUGAUGGAUAAGUAAACCAGAUACAUAGCAUUUAGGCUACGUUAGUUAUCAUACGUGGCGGGCGUCUGGUUUCAUAGCGGGAUAGAGCUAGCUAACGGUGACCACGUCGAUCUAUUCUCUCUCUCUCAAAGAUGUCGUUUCAAGAGUCACAUCGUUCCUCCGACGAAGAGGAGGCUCUCUACUCGCAGUGCAGGGCUGCGUACCUCGCCGUGUACAGAUCCAGUUUGACAAAUAUCACCUCGAAACAGCAGCUCUGUCGCGUUCUCCAGCAAGCAGGAAGAAACCCCUCCCUCGCCACUCUCAAUAAAUACUGGACCCCACGAACGUCUAAACUGAACUUUGACGACUUCUUUGAGAUCCUCAGGUGUGAGAAGGAAACUGAGGAGACUGAGCUGAUGAGAGCGUUCAAGAAGAUGGAUGUGAACGGCGAUGGCUACGUCACACACAGUGAACUGGAGAAGGCCCUCACCACUAGAGGAGAAAAAAUGACCACUGAGGAAGUGAACACCAUUUUCUCAUUAGCUGACAUCAACAAGGAUGGAAAACUAAACUAUGCAGAAUUCUGCAGAUUGCUCCUGUCUACGGCAGAACAAUGUCAGGUGGCAGCUUUGGAGAAGCUUGAGGCUGAUGCCAAGCUGAAGAUACAGAACUUUGGCAGUCAGUCAUACAGCCCUCCAGAGAGCUCUGUGUCAUCAUCAUCAGCAGCAGCAGCAGCAGCAGCACAAGUGGCAGCAACUCACCCUCAGCCCCCAGAAACAUCAGACACGACAGGCAGGAAAGACAGCCGCUCGUCAUCGCGUCCUUCCUCCGCUCGCAGCAGACGGUCGUCUCUGGCGAACUCCAUCACCAUGACGUCCAGCAGCGCUAAGGCCAACAAAGUGCCAGAGCCUGUAGGCUUACAGGAGUGGCAUCACAGCUAUGUGAAAGGAUGUUUCUUCUUGGAGGACGACGGGAGUAUCGGCUCUCUGCAGUACCAGCUCCACGUCCCGCAGCCAACCAGCGUGUACCUAACCAUCCAACCACUCAGCCUCAGCCACAGACCUGACAAGUGCUCACCCUGGACGACGGUGGACACGGCUCUUUUUGUCAUGUCAGCCGGUGAAACCAAAGAAGACUCAGCUUUAGUGCAUUUCACCGAGUCAAAAGACAAAGAGAAGUAUGUUUGGAAAGGAGAAUUGAAUUCGGGGACCUACUACCUGCUUCCCUUCACCAGCGGCUGCAGGCUAAAGAAAAGGAGCAAAAAGAGCCUCUCUGAUAAACCAGUGGAGCUCGUCUACAGGACUGACACUGGAGAACUAGACCUCACCAGGGAGCUCAGGGAGGCGCUGUCUGACAUCUUUGAGGUCAUAGACCUGGAUGGAAAUGGUUUGCUCAGUCUGGAAGAGUACAACUUCUUCGAGCUGAGGACCAGUGGAGAGAAAUGUGACAAGGAUGCCUGGGCUGUGUGCAAAGAAAACUUUGAUAUGAGAAAGAAUCAACUGACAAGGCAGGGCUUCAUUGAGCUGAACCUGAUGGAGGCCACAGAGAAAAAUGGAGACCCCGCAGACCUGUGGCUCACCCUGGAAGCCAUGGGCUACAACCGCAUGCUGGAGCUGGUAGAGGCUUCUCCAUUCCAGAUAGAUGUACACUGUGAGGGCACUCAGCUGUCUCUCCAGCCACUCAGUAUGGACUCGGGGCCCAAGCUUCUGAACCAGACCCUACAGAAGUCCAUCACAGCCAGGACGGGGGCCAAAGCACUGAGGGGACAAGAAAAUGUUUUCAUCUACACCUUCCGUGGAGAGCACAGGAUCUCCUCCCUCAUAGCCAACAAGACCAACCAGAAGGUGACUGUGCACGUGAACAACGAGCAGAGCAGGAAUUGCAGCAGCAGUAGAGGCAUGAACGUGUUUGCUGUAGAGGUGCCAGCCCGGAGCAAGAUGGUGUGCCAACACGUUCUGCCCAUCAACGACAAACAGGACUGGACCUACAACUGUGUGGAGACUAUACUAACCUGCACGUGAAGGUACAGACACCUAUGAAAGAUUCAAAGCUUGUCUACCAAAAAGUGAUGGGACAAAAACGUAUAUUCAUGAAUCAGUGGUAUAUGAUUAAUAUAAAAUGUUUCUACUGUAUGUCCACUGGCAAUAUGAAAAAUGUUGUUAAUGGUCAGACCAAAUGAUAAUGUGUAAUUUUACAGAUACUAACACAAGGGAACAUUAUCUAAUCAUUUUUAAUAUUUUAGAAGCCCUGUGUUCAAAGAGGCCCUGAUACAUAGAGCUCAGUAGAUAUGAAUCAGAUGUGUUUGUGUGACAUGUUUUGUUAAUGUAUUUCAAAUCAACAUUUUGCAUAUAUAAGUAAAGAUCAAAGGUCAACUUGCUAAAAUGGCUCUUUUUUCAUAACUUAUCAUUUAAAAGUCUUAUUAUGACAAACUUCGUAGUUUUUUAGAAAAAACAUCCAUAAAGUCUCCUCAUGUGUUUGGUGCUGUGCCGUUACUUUAUGACUGUACUGUAUAUUUAUUAUGACUGUAUUUUAAAAUUUAAAGGGGCCGUGUCAGAGGUUUUCCAGGCUAUUUUAGAUUUGUUUGUUCAUCACAACUGCCUACAAUCCCAUUUAAAUGUAACAUUAUGAUUUUUUUAUUGCAACUGUUUCAUGUCACUAUAUAUCGUCAUGUAAGCAUAAAGGCCAAUACUAAAUGUA